UGUACUGUAAAGAUGCCUCCAAAAACCUCUGGAAAAGCUGCCAAAAAAGCCGGUAAGGCUAAAGCUGUUAGAGCUGGCGACAAGAAAAGAAGACGUAAGCGAAAGGAGAGCUACAGCAUCUACAUCUACAAGGUGUUGAAGCAAGUUCACCCAGACACUGGAAUCUCCAGCAGAGCCAUGGGAAUCAUGAACAGCUUCGUCAACGAUAUCUUCGAACGUAUUGCCGGUGAAGCAUCUCGUCUAGCUCACUACAACAAGAAAUCCACCAUCACCAGCAGGGAAGUCCAGACUGCUGUCCGUCUCUUGCUGCCCGGUGAAUUGGCCAAGCACGCCGUCUCAGAAGGCACCAAGGCUGUCACAAAGUACACCAGUUCCAAGUAGACAACGACCGCCUGAUUCCAACCAAACGGCUCUUUUCAGAGCCACCAAUUGAUCAAAAGAGAUUCGUAGUGUUGCCUGUCUAUUUUGUUUUUUUAUUUCAUUUAAAUGUAUAUAGGUGCCUAAUGAUUUCAAUAAUA